ACGACAAGGAUGAUCAUGUUAUUGAAAGUGUCGCAAUCGAGUUCUACAUUCGAAUGAAAGAGAAACCUUUUGAGAUAGUUCUUUGUCCGAAAGAAGAAUAUUAUCGUUCGUAUCCAUUCAAGAAUUUUUAUAAAGAAAUUCUAAUACGUUUGAAAGAGCCCUUUGCGAUCGACAAAACGGCGAGAAUCUCUUCGAAGCCGGUGUUGUCGCUGCUAUCGUUGCUGUCGCUGUUACUGUUGACAAAACAGUUCGAAAAUGUGUGGCAAAGGAGAAUGAGGGGACACAUCGGACCAAAUCCAGUUGAAAGUGGUCAAGUAGUUUUAGAGAGGAUUCAUGGUAGCAUCAAACCAACGAGCACCAUAUCGAUGACAUAUACCGCAACCUCGUCAAGAUCCGAUGGUGACCUGGAUCCAACUACGAAAGAAAAAGAAUGCAAGGAGAACAUUUCGAAUGUGCAGAGGGUAUGGACCAGUUUAUUAGCUGGUGCAGCAGCUGGAGGUUUAGCGAAGACAGCGAUAGCACCGUUAGAUCGCACAAAGAUCAAUUUUCAAAUAUCGAAACAACCUUAUACAGCGAGAGCUGCUCUUGUAUUUCUUGUCAGAUCAUUUCAAAACGAAGGACUAUUGAGUUUGUGGCGAGGUAACAGUGCGACGAUGGUUAGGAUCGUUCCUUAUGCCGCCAUACAAUUUACAGCACAUGAACAAUGGAAGAGGAUUCUACAAGUCGAAAGUCCAGAAACGACUCCACCGGUUAAAAGAUUAUUGGCUGGUUCUUUAGCCGGCGUUACGUCACAGGGUUUAACUUAUCCUCUUGAUCUUGUACGUGCUCGAAUGGCAGUGACGUUAAAGAGUGAGUACAAAACUUUGAGGCAAAUGUUUCGAAGGAUUUAUCAGGAGGAAGGUAUCGUGUCCUUUUAUCGUGGCUUUACACCAACGAUCUUAGGCGUUAUACCUUAUGCUGGCAUGAGUUUCUUCACUUAUGAUACUCUGAAACACUUAACGGCAGAAUAUUCCCAAUAUACGACGAGUAUACCUGGGAUGGCUACUGCCUUGGCACUCCUUUGUGGCGCUGUAGCCGGAGUAGUAGGACAAACGAGUAGUUAUCCUUUGGAUAUCGUUAGGAGAAGAAUGCAAACUUCGGCAAUUAAAAAUCAACAUUAUCAGAGAGUUACCUCGACAAUAGUUAAAAUUUACACAGAGGAAGGACUGAUGGCUUUCUUCAAAGGACUGAGUAUGAAUUGGGUAAAGGGUCCAAUAGCGGUAGGCAUCAGUUUUGCAACUUAUGACAGGAUACGUGACACUUUGCGAAAAAUUAUUUGCACGUCGGACAAUGUGACAGAUUAAAAAGUUAAGUUGAUAAUAUAAAUUCGUGAGAUAAUGAAGAAGAACGAAGAACGAUGAAGAAAGGUGAAGAAAUCCAAUGUUGUGUCACUUAUUUAUUGAUUCAAGAAUCAAUUCAAGAACUCUGAUUAAAUGUUCAAUCAGAAAGCGGAUCUCCAUUUGAAAGGAUGAUAAUCCUUAUAAAAAAAAAAAAAAAAAAAAAAAAAAA